AUAAAUUCCACAACCUUUUGUACCUUGCACUUGUCAGAAACCAAUGCUUCCACAAAAUCCAUAAAAGGAAAACAUUUUUCUUUGCAAAAGAACCAAAUGACACCUUUGCAUUUCUUUCGCUCCUGCUCGGCCCAGUUUUCCAAAACUUCUGAGUCUGAGAGUCAGUUUUUCCGUCAUAAUUUUUUUUUUCUUUCAUUCUUCUGUCCUCUUUGCUCCCUAUUAUCCGAAUGCGCAGGGAAGGAAACUUCUGGUUUCGUUCUCCCGCUGAGAGCCCUAGAGACGCUUUAGUGGGUAGGGAACUGCCGUUGAGGGCUUUUCUCCCGAAGGCUCACGUCUCCCAGCAGCGGCCGGGCGCGCCGAGGUCAGGGUGUGGCUCCUGCGGGAAUCCAGGGCUGCCAGGACGCCGAGGGGGUCGGAGCCGCGGCGGAAAGCGAAGGGGCAGACCCCGCCGGGGCUGGACCCCUCCUUUGGGCUCCAGGGCCGGCCAGCAGCUUAGGUUCUCGGCCCUUUCCUCCUCGGCUCCCCGGGACAACCUUGGCCGCGUCUUUGCGCCAGAGAUCUUUCCUUUGAAUCCUCCGGGUGGAGUUAGUUGUCUCGGGGCCCCGUGAAUCCUACUCACCUUCCCUUUUCUUCCUGGGACUGAAAUAACCAGCCUGUGCUCCCACCCCCUGCCCAGGACCUGGCCCUUUGGGGCGCGUUCUGCCUGGAUGUGGGUAAAGGGACUGCUGCUUGUGCUGGCGCCACAGGGCUGCGGCUUCCCUCCCCGCACGUGUACUUCCCGGAGGGCACUCGAUUCAAGCCUUUCUUUCCGGUGGCGGGACCCGGGUAACCGGGACGGGGCACGCAAGUGUGGGGCUGACGGGCCGAGGGAUCCCCGGGGAGGCGGGCGGGCCGGCGGCGGAGAGCGCCUGGCCCGCUGCCUGCAGCGCGCACUAUCGCGGGCGCAUAGUAGAUGUCGCUGUUGUCCACGCUUAGGCGGCUGGCCGGCCGGGCUCUGGAGCACGUGACCUGCAAGGAGGCUGCGGCUCAAGGCCAUUUUCAAAUCUCAUUGGCUUGGUUGUCAUGUGGUCGGCAGAGGCAUCCACAAUUACACGGGGAAUGUUUUCCUAGAGAUGUCAGCCUACAAAGGACACAAUCUCUCUUCUUCAAAUUCCUCCCCAAAAUGUCCUUUCCCAACAGCUCUCCUGCUGCUAAUACUUUUUUAGUAGAUUCCUUGAUCAGUGCCUGCAGGAGUGACAGUUUUUAUUCGAGCAGCGCCAGCAUGUACAUGCCACCACCUAGCGCAGACAUGGGGACCUAUGGAAUGCAAACCUGUGGACUGCUCCCGUCUCUGGCCAAAAGAGAAGUGAACCACCAAAAUAUGGGUAUGAAUGUGCAUCCUUAUAUACCUCAAGUAGACAGUUGGACAGACCCGAACAGAUCUUGCCGAAUAGAGCAACCUGUUACACAGCAAGUACCCACUUGCUCCUUCACUACCAACAUUAAAGAAGAAUCCAAUUGCUGCAUGUAUUCUGAUAAACGCAACAAACUCAUUUCUGCCGAGGUCCCUUCGUACCAGAGGCUGGUCCCCGAGUCUUGUCCCGUUGAGAACCCCGAGGUUCCUGUCCCUGGAUAUUUUAGACUGAGUCAGACCUACGCCACCGGGAAAACCCAAGAGUACAAUAACAGCCCCGAAGGCAGCUCCACUGUCAUGCUCCAGCUCAACCCUCGUGGCGCGGCCAAGCCGCAGCUCUCCGCCGCCCAGCUGCAGAUGGAAAAGAAGAUGAACGAGCCCGCCAGCGGCCAGGAGCCCACCAAAGUCUCCCAGGUGGAGAGCCCGGAGGCCAAAGGCGGCCUUCCCGAAGAGAGGAGUUGCCUGGGAGACGUCUCCGUAUCCAGCCCAGAAGUGCAGGAGAAGGAAAGCAAAGAGGAAAUCAAGUCUGAUACUCCAACCAGCAAUUGGCUCACUGCAAAGAGUGGCAGAAAGAAGAGAUGCCCUUACACUAAGCACCAAACGCUGGAAUUAGAAAAAGAGUUCUUGUUCAAUAUGUACCUCACCCGCGAGCGCCGCCUAGAGAUCAGUAAGAGCGUUAACCUCACCGACAGGCAGGUCAAGAUUUGGUUUCAAAACCGCCGAAUGAAACUCAAGAAGAUGAGCCGAGAGAACCGGAUCCGAGAACUGACCGCCAACCUCACCUUUUCUUAGGUCCCAGGCCUCUCGGAGGCCAGGAUCGGAGAGGGGGUCCCGCGUUCCAGGGCCCAGUGCUGGAGGACUGGGAAGGCGGAAGCAAAACCUUCAUUGCUCUUUGUUUUUUUGUUUGGUUUGGUUUGAUUUUCCUGCUAGAAUGUGACUUUGGGGUCGUUCUGUUCGUGCUGCAAGUGAUCUGUAAUCCCUAUAUGAGUAUAUAUAUAUAUAUAUAUUAAAAAAACUUAGCACGUGUAAUUUAUUAUUUUUUUCAUCGUAAUGCAGGGUAACUAUUACUGCGCAUUUUCAUUUGGGUCUUAACUUAUUGGAACCGUAGAGUGUCCAUCCAAUCCAUCCAUUCAUUCAUCCACCCAUCUAUCCAGCAAUGUGACUUAUUCAUGUUUUUCCUAACACAAAAAUCUCUGUGUGUGGUUAGCCCAUGAACUCAUGGCAUUUUUAAUACAUCCAGUACUUUUAAAAUUACAUAUAUAUAUAUUUAAAAAUUUUAAGAAAACCCACAAGCUUUGGGGGGAGGGGGACCAAAAAAAGCACAUUACAAUGUAUCUUUUCACAAAUAAACUUAGCAGUUGUCCUUGGUGAGAUGAAAUAUUGCCGGUUUACGCCUUGUAGCCUUUCCCUUGUGCAUCUGUGGUUUGGUAGAAGUACAACAGCAACCUGUCCUUUCUGUGCAUGUUCUGGUCGCAUGUAUAAUGCAAUAAACUCUGGAAAUGA